UUAGUAGUCAGCUGUAACGCGAGCAAUGUUACGCGCAAAUUUGUCGAUUCGUAUGCGCAAGUGACUACUCAUGCGCAGUAGUUACUUUCCUGUUCUGGUGACGUCAUGUCAAGGAGCCAAUCAGCCUUUUUUCGCGCGUUGGUCUGCCAAUCCAUCCCAUAAUACUGUUUUACUUUUUAAACCACUGCAUCAAAAGAAUGGUAGCCAAAUGGCGUCUUCCUUUCUAGAAGACCUACUCGAGAAAGAAGUGGAUGAGAAGGAGGUCAGUGCUAUGGUGGGAUCGCUGGAAAGCCAGUUGGCAUCAACAGCGAUCCCUAGAUCCCAUCAUAAUGAGGUCAAAGCUUCGGUGGCGGCUUCUAAAGCAAGUCCUAAACAAAGCAACAUGACUAGUAAAACGCCAAAUCAAACGAGCCCGAUUCAGAACCAAACAGCGAGUGCAGUUCGACCCGGGAUUUCUUCGUCGCCAGUGUUAAAUGCGGGUGGUAACACAACGAUUACUACAGUCGUUAAUAUAGCUCCUAGGCCUACGGUUACAACAGCAGUGCCUUUGGCUCCUCGACCCGCAACUAUGGCUGUUCUUGCUCCAAACUCUGGAUUUGCAGGAGCUCCUCGAUUCGUUACGAUCAACGCUGAUUUGGUUAACCGGAACCUUAGUUUGAUCAAUCCUCAACAAAUGGCCCUAGCACCGAGGGUUGUAACGGGUAAUGUGACUCUUCCAGGCAACCCUCAAACCAUCGCAGCCCCACGAAUCAUUCAACAAAUUCAACCAAGAGCUGCUAACAUGAGGCCCAUAAACCCAACUCAAAUUGUGUUACAACAGCCGGCGGGAAGCGCACCUAUACAACCGGACAAAAAGAUCAACAUUAUACGAACUCCGAUUCGCCCAGUGCCGGCGAGUGUUAGCGUAUCUCAGAAUGUUCCUAUAAGAACUAGUUUAACUCCAAUUCGACCUCAAAUAAGCACGAUACCAGGUACAAUCACUUAUACUAGAAUGCCUGUGAACCAAGUUGCAGUUGCAACAUCAAAGACCGAGAUUUCAUCUACAGCUGGAACUCUAACAAAAAAUUCGAACUCUCCUAACGUAGCAAAUGUUGGUUUGCAUGCUAGCAAACCAGUUACAAAUAACGUCACUGCUAAUCAGUCCAAGCCUCCACAAGCUACCACUGCAGCACCAGUCAGUCAUUCUCAGCCGCAGGUCAAUGUGGCUCAAAUUGAACAAGCAAAAGAGCAAGCUCAUAAGUUAAAAAAUUUUUUCAACAACUUGAUCAGGCUUGCAUCAGAUCAAAAAUCUCCUGAUGUUGGCAAGACUGUGAAAGAAUUGGUGCAAGGUGUUCUGGAUGGGAAACUUACAGAAGAACAAUUUGCAGCAAAUCUACAGUCCACACUUAAUUCUCCACCCCAACCAAAUCUUGUUGGUUUUUUAAAGAAAACACUUCCAUUGUUACGAGCUCAGUCAAGAUCACAGCUUUCCCAUGUGCAGCAGUCAAUCACUCCAGCAAAGAUCCUUCCUCCACAGCAAGUUCAACAAAAAAAUGCAACUACAACACUUGCCUCUUCCCCACAGAUGCACAAACAUAAUUCUCAAGUGCAAAAAAUCCAAAUUGUUCAACAACCGGGACAGCCCCAGAUGGUGAAGCAAGUUAUUCUCACACCUGCACAACAGCAGCUUUUUAGACGUCAGCAACAAAUAAAUGCUCAGAGAGUGUUUUUGACAACAUCAACAGGGUCAACCCCUGGCUCCCAGGUAGUUACCAGUGCACGGAAUCUUGUUAUGCUUCAAGCAUCACCUGGAUCUACAGCAUCUAAAAUGGUUUCAGCUUCAUCAAGAUCACAAGCUGGGACAACUUCAACCUCUGCAGCAGCUGACAAACUAAAGCCCAAAGGUUUCACUGGAAUAAGCAGCAGUGGGGAUGAUGAUAUCAAUGAUGUCACAUCAAUGGCUGGAGUUAAUUUAAUGGAAGAGAGUCAGCGUAUUUUGGCCAUCAACUCAGACUUGCUUAGCUCCCAAACAAGAAGCUGUAAAGACGAACCUUUCUUAAAUAUUUCCCCCUUUCAGAAAAGAGUGGAGGCAUUAGCAAGAAAGCAUGGCUUAUCUGAAGUGUCACAAGAAGUUUAUAACUUAGUAUCACAUGCAACUCAAGAGCGACUACGUAACAUUUUAGAAAAAUUAUCGACAAUAAGUUUACAUCGACUUGAAGUUUAUAGGGAUGAUCCAAUGUAUGAAGUAGGCCUUGAUAUAAGGUCUCAACUGAGAGUCUUUGAGCAGAUUGAUGAAGUAGAAAGAAAAAAGCGAGAUGCCCGAGAAAGGGAUAUUCUUAUGCGUGCUGUUAGAAGCCGGUCAAGACAAGAAGAUCCUGAACAGGCUAGACUCAAAGAGAAAGCAAAACAACUGCAACAAGAGGAAGAGGAAGUUAUUCGAAAACGAGCAGCUAACACAACGGCGCUGGCAGCCAUUGGACCAAGGAAAAAACGCAAACUAGAUGAAGCACUUGAAGGAUCUUCUACUUCAACAGCAGGUUCUUCCUCGACCUCUUCUUCGCCAUUAUCGUCCAAUGUACUUGGAAACCAAAAAGAUACACGACAACAGGUCCCUCGGCAAAGAAUGCGGAGAGUCGUUCUUAAGGAUCUUAUAUUUGUUAUGGAACAGGAAAAAGAAACAACCAAAUCUCUAUUAUUAUACAAAGCGUUGCUGAAAUAAUAUAUCUCGGUUUCACAUUGUAGAAGUCUACUUCAGCCGUUACUUGGCUCACCACAAAACUUUUCGUGACAGAAGUGUUGCGUGAUAAGCCAAAUGAGGACAGCGAAUGUUUCUUCUGCUGUGUUAGUGCAAAAUUAACCCUUGUUUAAAGUACUGUAAUCGCCUUCAGACAAUAAGGGAAUAUCUUCAGACUCCUAAGUAUUACUUGGGCGAAAUAUUUCUUGAAUUUUUCAGAAAGUUCUAAACGUAUAAUGAGUACUUCCGCAACUCCACAAGCCACGCUGUUAUAAAUGAUCUGAAAGUGCAGGCGUAGUCUAUCUCAGCAGGCUAUGGACUACAGUUUGCUUCUAGUUCGUGUUUUUGUACAUUUUCCGUAAUAUUUUCUUAACAUCCAUCAGGUGUGUUGUUAGUGUAAUGUUUUCUUGUGUAGGUAGGGUAUGAUAAUAAUAUAUUGUCUCAACUUCGUACUUAGGUACAAAUACCUGUUAUGGUUGUCAGAAUUAAAAACGCCAAUUUCCACAAAAA